AGUAUAUUGAAUAAUUUGCAUGAAGUGCAGUUGUAGCUAUACUGUUUACACUUAUAUUCAUGUAGCUACUAGCUACUAGAUACUACUACUAGUAGUAUAUAUUUUCAUUGAACUAAGGUUAGUAAUGUACUUUAGCUAAUGUACUUAACUUUGAUGCCAUUAAGUAAAAGGCUUCAUGAUUUUGACUUAGAAAUCAUUCAACUAGAACAAGCUUAAGAGUGACCCCCCAUUAUCUAAGCGCUAAGAAAAGCCUCGCGAUCGAUCACUAACCUAAGGUUAGGCAAGACUCUCAGCAAAUAGACCCGCCGCUACCAACUCAUUCAUUGACGCUUACAGUAUUCUAAUAUACGCCACAUAAAUCUAAAAGAAACCCCCAAAAAGAACCACCAUGACUCGCUUCAGACCCUGCAUAGACCUGCAUGCAGGACAGGUGAAGCAGAUCGUGGGCGGGACCCUCGACAGCUCCACUGAUGAGCUGAAGACGAAUUAUGUCUCGCAGCACUCGGCGGGCCAUUUCGCUCGACUGUAUCGAGAGCAUAAUCUCGAGGGUGCCCACGUCAUCAUGCUAGGCCCUGGCAAUGAGGAUGCUGCGAAGGAAGCUCUAGAAGCCUGGCCCGGAAAUCUCCAGAUUGGGGGAGGCAUCAACGACAAGAAUGCGGCGAUGUGGAUGGAGCGGGGCGCGAGCAAGGUCAUUGUCACAUCCUUUCUCUUCCCAGAAGGAAAGUUUAGUCAAGAGCGCCUGGACGCUGUGCUGGCCGCCCUCGGUGGACAAACAGAGCAUCUUGUCAUCGACCUCAGCUGUAGAAAGAAGGGGGAUGAUAAGUGGUUCGUGGCUAUGGAUAAAUGGCAAACGAUCACAGACAUGGAAGUGAAUCGAGAAUCUAUUAGGUCACUGGAACCGUACUGCUCCGAGUUUCUCAUCCACGCCGCUGACAAUGAAGGCUUGCAGAGGGGCAUUGAUGAGAAACUCGUCUGGCGACUUGCCGAGUGGUGCAAUAUACCCGUUACAUAUGCUGGCGGUGGGAGAAACAUUGCUGACUUGGAACUAGUGAAGACUUUAAGUCACGGCACCGUCGAUCUUACCAUCGGCAGUGCGUUAGAUUGCUUUGGUGGCACCGGUGUCAAAUUUGACAGUUGCGUCGCUUGGAAUGCUGAACAACCUUAAAGACUGACUGACAACGAUAGAGGGGCAAAAAAGAGCAGCCCUCACUUUGCUCUGGAUCAACUAGUCAGAUAACAAGCAAUG